CUGAAUAAUUGGAUAAAAAUACUUUGUGCUCACUCACAGUGUGACGGUCCGUGAGUCUGCUUGGAAGGUUGGUAGCUACUCUGAAAUGCUAUUCAAUUUGGAGCCGGUCCAUUGGCUACGCUUAUACAACACUCGUACUUGGCGCAAUGGCCCCGUCUGCGGCGCAAAGCAAAGCGCAAACCAGAGCCCAGGAUAGGAUCGCCGCAGUUCACAGUGCCGCCAGGACCAGAUCAAAACGCAAUGCUCCAGCUCCCGAUGAUGACCGCGAUGUAUAUCGUAGUCUGAUAUCUGAGGCCUCUAUUCCGGAAGCUAUUGAGAGACCUCUCAAGAAACCUAGGCUAGGCCGACAGGCACAAACUCAAGCGACCAAAACAUCAGAUGGUCCUUCUACGAAACAAAAUCAGAGCUCUGAGACCGAGAAACAUAUCUUCCAGGUUCACGCUUCUGAAGAUGAAGCUUCGUCUAGACCGCAACAAACCAUCAUCGAUUCUGAUGAGUCCGAGGACGAUGACAUGGACUGGGAGCAAGUAGGUCUGGAUCAUGUAGAGCCCAAAAGCUCCGAAUUACCGAAAGACGAUGAAUUCGGAGACAUAUCACUGGAAAUCAGCACCAAGCAAGCACAGAAGAGGACGGUAGCCAAACGGAAGCCUGCCACUACUGCAGAGAAGCUGCUCCGACUAGAAGCUCAUGAGGCUCACCUGCUGUUUCUGCUUUUUCACGUGCAUGUUCGCAAUGCUUGGUGUAAUAUGCCGGAAGUCCAGAAUGAGCUGAAAACAUUGCUCAUGCCUGACAUUGUGUCACUGCUGAAUCCUGAUCAAUCACUCAUUCAAUUCGGACAAUCGGAGCAGUUCUUGACUGGAUUGCAAAAGGCCGUCUUUGUUUGGAGACACAAGUUUGACGUCACAGCAUCUGGCUUACGACGACCCAACUGGACCGAUAAACCUGACGGUCUUAAAGAGCAAAUUCGGACGAUCCAGGAUGAGAUGCCGCCUGUCGAAAAGCACAACUUUGUCAAGGCGGCUUCGAUCCUUUCUGGCUCCCAAGAUGUUGGAAACCAGCUUUUCUGUGCUCUUCUGAGAUGCGUUGGUGUAGAAGCUCGCCUGGUCUGCUCACUACAGCCUCUGCCGUUCGGGACGUCUGCGACUAAAUCGGCCACUCCACUGAAAAGUAAACCGACUGUCCAUGCAGAAAGUGACAAAGACAACACAAGUGCAGGAGAGACUUCUGCGGGCUCUGCCUCUGAAGGUUCGAGCUCUUCUCGACGUAGGAUCAUCGCACCCGGCCGCAUUCGACGACUAGGGAAUCCAAACUUAAACGCAGGUCCAUCGGCUCCCGGUCAGAGAACUCCAGUCAAGAGGAAGAAGCGACCUGUUCGACCGCUUGACUACCCGGUUUAUUGGGUAGAAGCCUUCAAUGCAGCCUAUCAGAAAUGGGUACCUGUUGAUGCCACCGUCACAGGCACAGUCGCAAAACCUAGCAAACUGGAACCGCCUGCCUCCUACGAGGCAAAUUCAAUGACUUAUGUUGUGGCAUUCGAGGAUAACGGUACUGCAAGAGAUGUGACUCGCCGCUACACCAAAGCCUACAACGCUAAAACUCGAAAGUUGAGAGUGGAGUUUACAGAAAGAGGAGAAGAGUGGUGGCGUAAGGCGCUGAAGGUCUUCCGAAGAACUUCGUAUCGCGACCGUGAUCAGGUUGAAGAUGCCGAGCUUGCAAAGAAAGAUGCCUCCGAGGGGCUGCCAAACAAUGUGCAAGACUUCAAGGAUCAUCCCUACUAUGCUUUGGAGCGACAUCUCAAACGACACGAGGUGAUCUGGCCAAAAAGGCCAAGCGGCAAAGUCACCGUCGGGAAAGGCGCUCUUGAACCUGUUUAUCGUCGUAGUGAUGUGCACAUUGUGCGCAGUGCCGACAAGUGGUACAGAUUUGGCCGAGAAAUCAAGCCGAACGAGCAUCCACUCAAGCAUGUGCCUGCAAGAUUACCAAAGGGCCGAGCUCAGGACUUGGAAGAUGCCGAUAUAGACGAGCCGCCUGCCACCGCUCUCUAUGCCUUCAACCAAACGUUGUUGUACGUACCUCCUCCUGUAGUGUACGGCAGGAUACCGAAGAAUGCUUUUGGUAAUCUUGACAUCUACGUCCCAUCCAUGGUCCCUCCUGGUGGUACUCAUGUCCGACACGCAUCGGCAAAGAACGCGGCUCGACUUCUCGGCAUUGACUAUGCCGACGCUGUCACCGGAUUUCAGUUCAAAGGACGCCAUGGCACGGCCAUCACAUCUGGUGUAGUUGUCGCGGAAGAGUACCGUGAGGCCGUCGAGGCUGUCAUCGAAGGCUUCCAACACGAACAGGAGAACGAAGAAGCGCGACUGUACAGCUUGGAGUGCUUGAAGCUCUGGCGACGUUUCUUGGCCGGCCUACGGAUCAAGGAAAGACUCAGCGAGUACACUACCACCGGGCCUAAACCCGUCAAGCCGGAGGCAAUCAGAGCGAAGAUGGACGAAGCAGAAAAGGUGCCAGAUGAACCAAUCGAGGCUGGCGGUUUCUUCCCUGACGCAGGUGAGAUCACUGCACCGACUGCUCAUCGUUACAGUGCGUUUGAGUCUCCAGAAUCUCAACGUGGUAGCGAUAUUGCUGAAAGGGCACCACGAGUCAGGAGACAGAGAAAGGUGAUUGUCGAGGGCGAUCCUGAGAGUGACGAGUCGAGCGAGGAAGGAUAUAUCCCGUCGCCCCGAAAGCCACCUGUAAGACGUCGUCGUAUGCUGAGUGAGAGUCCGCCUGUUUCUGAUGACGAGCACUACAAUCCUGACGCCGGAAACGGUGGUGGCUUCAUGCCAGAUGAGACUGACGAAAGUUUACACAAGGAUGGCUAUCCCCUGCCAGAGGUUGAUGCAGCCGAUCUUGGCGGUGGGUUCAUGACUGAGCACAAUGAUAAUGAAGAAGUUGAUGAGACAGGCGGUGGUUUCAUGGUCGACGAUGUUGACACCGAGUCGGCUCACGAGUUUGGCGGCGGUUUCAUGGCUGAGCCUACAGAGAAUGAGAGUGCAAAUUACUCUGGAGGCGACCUCAUAUCACAACAAGACCAUGCCGCAAUCGAGUUGGGCGGCGGUUUCAUGCCUGAAGUCGACAAGAAUGAUUCAGGAGGAGGUCUCUUGCCCGAAGCAGAAGAAAGUUCGCGAACGGUCACCGAAGAUCAUGAUGCAGGACUCGUCACGGAGAAGCGGGGCGAAGACAUCUUCGACCCUGAUAAAGCAGAAGACUCCUUUGAUCCCGACGAGAUGGAGCUAGGGACCAUAGCUCUGCCGACAGAAGACCCAACAGGCGCUGCUCAUAAGCAAGACGAAGGCGAUGAAGACGAUCAUGGUUCGUUGUUAUCACAUGAUCCGGAAGAUGACGAUGCUGAGCCGGACUGGUUAUACAGUGACUAGAAAAAUCGCAAGCACGCUGAGAAUAUUCCUCCAUCAUUUUCUUGAUCAAUCAUGCCUGUUUGCGUCUGAUUGAACCAUCGCAGUCCGCUGUUCAAUAUUCUGGUGAAGAGUCCUUCCGCCAUGUUUCACCAAUCUCUUAUGCUGGAGGUCACAACACG